AUGGCUACGCCAGCAUACGGCGCUCAAGCCGGCACCAUCGCCGAACCCAACAAUGCCGCGCUCUACGACGCUCGCAGAAGGCAGACUGUCACCGGCUCUCAAAUCCUUGACAACAUUGUCUCUUUCUCCAACUUCGAUCGAGAUGAAGUAGACAGACUGCGGAAGAGGUUCAUGAAACUGGACAAGGACAACAGCGGUACCAUUGAGAGAGAAGAGUUCUUGUCGUUACCACAAGUAUCCUCCAACCCCUUGGCCACGAGAAUGAUCGCUAUCUUCGACGAAGACGGUGGAGGCGACGUGGACUUUCAAGAGUUCGUCCUGGGUCUGUCGGCCUUCUCGUCCAAGGGCAACAAAGAAGAGAAACUCAAGUUCGCGUUCAAAGUCUACGACAUCGAUCGAGACGGCUACAUCUCUAAUGGAGAGUUGUUUAUCGUGCUCAAGAUGAUGGUCGGGAGUAAUUUGAAAGAUCAGCAGCUUCAGCAGAUCGUGGACAAGACUAUUAUGGAGGCUGACAAGGAUGGCGACGGGAAGAUCAGCUUCGAGGAGUUCACCCAGAUGGUUGAGAACACGGAUGUCAGCAUGAGCAUGACAUUAGAUCAGUUUUAA